AUGCAAGAGGCUCUCGCCCACUAUGCCGGACCGGAUGAGGCUCAGACUAACGCAUCGUACCUGGAUGUUACUCUUGGUUUUACAAACUUCAACCUUAUUCCCGGAUAUGACUGCCCCUCGUACGCAACCUAUGCGGAUGCGUUCUGUCUUUUUGAAUACCCCAAGGACUACCCAUUGAGCCGUCACCAGGGUUACGACUACUACCAUGCUACAAAGAACAUUGCUUUUCUCGUGCGCAGUAUCAGUACCGUGGAUAACUACGACUACCAGACUACUUACGAGUUCUCCCACGACGGCUCCAUUCAGGUGCUCGUGAGGGCCUCUGGGUAUAUCCAGGCGUCGGACUUUGUCAAUGGCACUGAGCCUCGGAACUACGGGUUCCGCAUUCGCGACGGGCUCUCAGGAUCAAUGCACGACCAUGUGCUAAACUUCAAGGCCGACCUCGAUAUCUAUGGAACCAAGAACAGUCUGUCAAAGACUCAGUUCGUACCCCACUCCCAGGUUUACGAGUGGUCGAAGGGCAAAGUCGUCAACACCAUGAAGGCUGAUCGAAGCUUCGUCACCAACGAGGAUCAGGGCAAGAUCAACUGGGCUCCGAAUGCGGCCGCGCAGUACUCCGUUGUGAACAAGGAUAAGCCAAACAAGUUUGGCGAGUAUCCCGGUUUCCGCAUCUACCCUUCAACUGGCUCAAGCAUCCAUCUUACGGUUCAGAAUUCGACCCGGUUCCCGAACCAAGUCAACUGGGCGACACACCAGCUGUAUGCAGUCCGGCGCAAAGACACGGAGCCAGUUUCUGCGCACCCUAUUACACCUAAUCUUGUUGACUUCAACAAGUUCUUCGACGGCGAGUCUCUCGACCAGGAGGACAUUGUGCUGUACUUCAACCUGGGCAUGCACCACAUGCCUGACACGUAUGACCUGCCUGUUACGGUCUUCCAGGGUGCACAGUCUGGAAUCAUGCUUCGCCCACAGAAUUAUCAGGAAAGCGACAAUUCGCCCUCCACGAAGCAGCAGAUUCAUAUCACGAACGAGAAUGACAAGGUAAAGGUUGAGAACUAUGGCGCGAAGAAACUCUCGGGUUCCUUUGAUCUGCAGUCAGCUAAUCCCACUUGGUUCCCCUUGCCUGUGUCAUUCCGGAGGCAAAAUUAA